AAAAUAAAUAUGAAAGAUGCAAGACUUAAACUGAUAGAGACUAUUAUUCAAUGCUUUAUGUCUCUGUCGGAAGUGGAAAGUGUGGUUUAAGUGUCUCUGCAUUGAUCUGAAACCUAUAGUUUGAUCAACACCUUUAUGAACAGCAGACACAAUGGAGACAGUCAUUUUCUUCUGUGUAUUUUCUUGUUGGAUUAUGCGAAUCACAUCCAGUGAUUUGUCAUUAGGAGGAUCUUCUGUUGUGAGGGUUCGGAUGGGAGAAAACAUCACUCUGAACUGCAGCAUGAGGGACAGAUAUGAAGUCGCCUGGUAUCUUCUCAGAUCUGAUGAACUCGUGCUGUUGAGUUCUGCAGAGAAGGACAAAAGUGGGAGAAAACUUCUGACCAACUACAAUCUAAACAGCAAUCAUGUGAAAAUGACAGCAGAUAAUUGGGUCACCGGAGUCUCUUUAACUAUUACUGGAGUAACAGAAUCAGAUUCAGGACUUUAUUUCUGUGGAGUAAAGUCUGACGCUCCAGAGAUGUUCUUCGACAAACCCAUCAGACUGGACAUUGAAGGUCUUUUUAUAAUAGAAGACGUGAGAACAGAAGUUGAAAUCACAGACGAGGUGACGGUGACGGAGCGUGUGUUGAUGUUCGCUGGUGUUGGACUGGCUGUGUUUGUGUUUUUUCUGGCUACAAUCCUCGCAGGAGGAAUCAUUUACCAUCGUGGACAGCAGAAAGGAUGGAAAGCAGCGAAACGUGCAUCUAUGAUGAGCCACAAAUCAGCUAAAUGACACAUUUAUGUGCUUUAUUUGACAAUUUUGAGCUUUGCACUGCCAGUAAAAUAAGCAUUUCUGUAGGGAAACAAAUGGUAACAGACAAUUUUGGCUCAAAUGCUUUUCCUGUUUAUCAGAUUUCAGUUUGAGAAAACCGAAGCUGAGAUGUUGUGGUAAAGGUCACUUUUAUUUAGCACCAGUGAAACUUGCACAGGGUUUAAUGUGUGGUGAUUAUUCAGGUUUGUGUGAUUCAGGAAAUGUUCAGUGCUGUCUUUAGUGUUUUUCAAAGCAAACAGUUUCUUCUUAAUGCAAACAAAAGCUUUAAUAUCAUCAGACUAUCAGACCAUCAGGAUUGGCCAUAUCUUUACACAUUUUAUAUUCUUCUAGUGUUACAUAUGUACUUAUAAGCUGUUUUCAUAGUGAAAAUAUAAAUGUAUAUCUCUUUUGUGGCACAUAAAGCUUGAUUUAAUAAAAACGUCAGAUAAAUUCAAUGAAAAGUGUGU